AAUUAGGGUCAUAUACAUCUUCUGCAACAUAUAUAUUUUUAAAAUUUUAUGUUUUACAGGAUGAUGAUGGGUUCAAGAUCACUUCAACUUUUUAUCUUGUUUGUUUGUUCUUUGACCAUCACCGCAAUUGAAUGCUCAGAAUGUUCAGAAGUAAAAAAACAAAACCCAAAUCUUUAUAAUAUAACGAGAACAAUAGUUCAUAGCGCCGUGUCAAAAGGAGCAGUGUGCUUGGAUGGAUCACCUCCAGCAUACUAUUUUGAUCCAGGAUUUGGAGAUGGAGUUGAUAAUUGGAUUGUCCAAAUUUCUGGAGGAGCAUGGUGUGUAAACGUCACAGACUGCAUAGGGCGUACCAAGACACAACUUGGUUCAUCAAAAUAUAUGGAUAAACUAGAAUUUCAAGGAAUUCACAGCAAAAAUAAGAGUGCAAAUCCAGAUUUUUACAAUUGGAACAAAGUCAUUCUUGCAUAUUGUGAUGGUGGAUCAUUCGUAGGAGAUGUUGAAUAUAUUGAUCCAGCUACCAAUCUACAUUUCAGAGGGAAAAGGAUUUUUUAUGCAAUAUUAGAGGAGUUGCUAAAAAAGGGAUUAAAGAAUGUCAAAAAUGCCCUCCUAGCUGGUAGUUCUGCUGGAGGAUAUCCAGCAGUAUUAUAUUGUGAUAGCUUUCGCGAUUCUUUGUCAACUACCGCACGAGUUAAAUGUCUGAAUGAUUGAGGCUAUUUUCCUCAUUUCAAGAAUUCUGAAUUCGAAAGAAAUUGGCACGACAGAUUUUCAGGAGUUGCCGAAUUACAAGUAUAUUCUUGUCUCUUUUUUUAC